AGAUAAAUUGAGACGAAAAAUGUCAUCGCCAUCGAAAUCUCCUAACACGGAGAGCAACAGCACUCUGUAUUUGGAUGGCAUUCUACCGGAAGAAAACACAAUUCUGGAACUGUGUAAUUAUUUUGGAAAAUUUGGCAAAGUGUUGAAUGUUGAAGUGGCCCACAACGGUGAUCCGAGUGCUUCGAAAGUGACAUUUGCCACAAAUGAAGAGGCCAGUGCGGCUUUCGACAGUCCCGAAGCCGUGCUCAACAAUCGAUUCAUCAAAAUGUCGUGGAAUUCAUCACAAGCCAACGCAGCCGCAGCAUCAAUGCCAAGAGCAUCAGGCGAUAAAGGUGUUGACAACAAGUGUUCACUUUGCAAGCGAACAUUUGCGAGCAAAUGGCAUCGGGAUUGGCACAUCAAGCGAAUGCACAAUGGUUCAGGCAUUGUUUGAGAUAUUUGCAAUGCAACAUUCACAAGCACCAGCACCAGCACCUACAAGAAACAUUGCAUCGUUCAACAUCCAAUUAUGCGAAAUGGGAGUCCAAAGAACACAUUGAAACAGAACGGUCACCGCUGAAAAUCGAUCAAUUUGCAUUGGCCCGAGAAAUAGAGCUGCUACGCAUCAAAAUUAAGACGCUGAAGGACAAUUUGAAAGAGAUUGAAAAGUCCCAUUCCAAGGAGUUGAAAAAGAAGAAGAAACGAUUCGCAGAACACCUGAAAGAAAAAGAUGAUUCAUUGAAAGAAAAAGAUGCGGUUUUCGCGACAAUGGAACAAAAAAUCACGAUGCUUGAAACAACAAACACCCGACUAAUGCAAGAUCUUCAGAAUGGACGCUUGGAAGUGAAAAUGCUCCAUGAAACACUGGUGAAAGUGUGUGGUGGUCGAAAUCAAAAUGGAGUUUGAGACUCAGGAAUCCUCUUCAGCGUGCCAUACUCAAGCACUAUAUUCAUCAUUUGCCAAUUUUAAUUUUUGUAUCAAGUGGUUCAGAAUUAAGCAUUCUAAUGAAAUAGUCUGCUUAUUAUGGAAAGUAGUUCAUUUCACUUUUUUUUUCAAUUCAUACGUACACAUUUUAUGUAUCGUCUUUGGUUUAUUCGAUAAAUAAAUAUUCAUUGUUAAUUUUAUCAACUCAGAAAAAA